AUGGAAAAUUCUGUAAAAGCAGAGGAAUGUGAAAAGAUCUCUCUUGAAGAAGAGAAAGCAUCAAUAAAUUCAGGAACAGAGUCUUCAUUCAGCCAUAAUGAAAGCACUACUGCUCCUGAGACUGAGCUUUUUGAAAAGGCUCCUAUGCAAGUACACACUCCCCAAAAAAGAAAAAUGGAGUUUGCAGAUGAUCUUGUAAAAGAGAGUUCUAGCUGUGGAGAAGACACUCCAUCCAAGAAAAGCAAACUUGAUGCUGAACUUGAACCAGAGGAAAAAGGUUCUGGUGAUGAUGAAGGCAUUUCAAGGGAAAAAAGGCUGGAAACUGAUGAUUUUCCAAAAGAUGAACCUUCUCCUGUAGACGGUACUCCAAAAAAGAGAAAAAGAGAACCUGACGAUGUUUCUGAAAAGCAGAAACACUUAAAGGAAGGCCACAGCUCAACAGUGGCUGCCCACUACAAUGAACUUCAGGAAGUUGGCUUGGAAAAGCGUAGCCAAAGUCGAAUUUUUUACCUAAGAAACUUUAAUAAUUGGAUGAAAAGCGUCCUCAUUGGGGAAUUUUUAGAAAAGUUACGGCAGAAAAAAACACGCGACAUUACUGUUUUGGACCUGGGAUGUGGUAAAGGUGGAGAUUUGCUCAAGUGGAAAAAGGGAAGAAUUAAUAAGCUAGUUUGUACCGAUAUUGCUGAUGUUUCUGUCAAACAGUGUCAGCAACGGUAUGAGGACAUGAAAAAUCGUCGGGAUAAUGAGUAUAUUUUCAAUGCAGAAUUUAUAACCGCUGAUUGUUCUAAGGAACUUUUGAUUGACAAAUUUCGUGACCCAGAAAUGCGUUUUGACAUCUGCAGCUGUCAGUUUGUUUGUCAUUACUCAUUUGAGUCCUAUGAUCAGGCUGACAUGAUGCUUAGAAAUGCUUGUGAGAGACUUAGCCCUGGAGGAUAUUUUAUCGGUACCACUCCCAAUAGCUUUGAAUUGAUAAGGCGCCUUGAAGCUUCAGAAACAGAAUCAUUUGGAAAUGAAAUAUAUACUGUAAAAUUUCAGAAGAAAGGAGAUUAUCCUUUAUUUGGCUGCAAGUAUGACUUCCACUUGGAAGGCGUUGUGGAUGUCCCUGAAUUCUUGGUCUAUUUUCCAUUGCUAACUGAAAUGGUGAAGAAGUACAAUAUGAAACUCAUCUACAAAAAAACAUUUCGGGAAUUCUAUGAAGAAAAGAUUAAGAACAGUGAAAAUAAAAUGCUGUUAAAACGAAUGCAGGCCCUGGAGGCAUAUCCUGCAAAUGGGAAUUCCAAACUUGCUUCUGAAAAGGCAGAUGACUAUGAACAUGCAGCACAGUACAUAAAAAAUAGUCAAGUAAGAUUACCUUUGGGAACCUUAAGUAAAUCAGAAUGGGAAGCUACAAGUAUUUACUUGGUUUUUGCAUUUGAGAAGCAGCAGUGA